AUGCAGGUCAAAGUGUUGUAUUCCUUCAACAACAACUCCACGGUCUUCCUUUCGAGAUCCAAGCAAAUACAUUCGAUCAAAAUUGCUCAGAUUCCGAUGGCAAAUGGAGACAGUGGCGAAGUCCUCACUUUAGGUGCCUUCGACUUGAAACUGUGUGUACUGCAAGUUUUGAAAAGCUCACCAGAGAACUUCAAGCUACAAACUGAAGAUUACGCUGUUUACUACAAGGACAUCACCGAGCAACCGGAUGAGCCAUUUGUUGCCAAUGGGGUACUAUCUGGGUUAAUCUCUGGUACAAAGCAGCACUUAAUUCCAGGUAGAGUUUGCCAAAAUUUAUCAGCAAACUUUUUGUUUGGCGACAAGUCAAACUCUUCCUCCCAUACACUUGAGAUAAGAUUAAAAUUACAUACUAUAGAGAAAUAUCCCGAAGUACAGCUGCAAGGAAAUGCACAAAUGGAGCAGAAUCAAAAGCUAUCCGACAAAAGGCAUUCCGAGCUUCAUUCUGGUCAAGCUCAGGCUCAAAAGCGCUCACGUUCAAACAAACCUGCGGCUUCAUCUUCUUCAUCGUCAGCAUCUGAUGCUGCUACGAAGGCUACCAGAACUAAGUCCUUACCUAUAUUUUAUCCUCAAAACCAGCAAAUUUUUAACAUCAUUAAUGCUGACAAAUCGAAUGCUCCUUCAAAAUAUGAUAAUAAAUCUGUUCAAGACAGAUUCAAACUGGCUCCGUUCUUGCAAGCUAAAAUAUUGGAAAAUCCUCAAAGGAGAUACAAUAGCAAAAUAGUUUCAAUUAGCAGUGCUAGCAAUAGCACCAUGCCUAGCAACACCCUCAAUGAUAGUACUCACAGAUAUUUAAGCUCUUCUGUGCCCAAUACAAAUAAUGAACCACUUAGAGCAAUGCGAACAAGGUCGAUGGUGACAAACAAGCAGAUGCCUAUGAUAAUUUCGUCCCCCAUUAACGAAGAAACAGAUGCCUCAGAUACUGACUAUCAGGAAACGAAUGUUCAGAGUGAAAACGGAAUAGAGGACGAAGAAGAAGAUGAUAUUGACAAUGAAAACAAUUCUUCUCCAUACACUCCACAGCAGCCACCUUAUAACCCAACUAAACAUAACAGCAUUGCUCAACAUAGUCAUAGUCAACACCAACAGCACCCAUCGUCAUCUGGUGUUCAAUUUCAGUCCUUACCUGACUUAGAAGAUUUGGAUAGUAGGAAGACCCAUGCUAUUCCUCUUUUCAGAUUACCCAAGAAUCAUAGUUUAGUGUGUAUGAAUAGCAAUUGUGCAACUAACUAUUCAAUCACAUGGAGAUACUUUGAAACUGGAUAUCAUCCGAACUAUCUCUCUUUGCAUAGGGCAAAAGAUUUCGAUAUUAAGCAUUAUGAGGGAAUGAUAGGUCCAUUGUGCAACGCAUGUUACUUAUUCUUGAGAAACAAGGGGUUUAUGCGUCCGGAGGCAGUAGUAAAAAAGUACAUGCAGCAACAAAGAUACAAGAAGGAAUUGAAGCAAAAGGAUGAGCAGCUUAAUAGCAGCUUACAACCAAAGCAAUACGCUUCCUCACCCCCAGUAUUCCAUAAAUUUACAACGCCGUCUCAUACCCCAUCAGCUAUUAACCAAGUCAUUCAAAAUAACAUGAACAACGCUAAUAGUAAUGGUAAUACUAAUAGUCGUAAUAAUUCUACUAAUAAUAACAUGAAUAUUACCAAUCGUGCAACUCCUAACUACCUGAACUUCAAUGAUUUGAAUGAUUUUAUGAAUCAAUUGAAUUCAUUUGGAGGUCCUUUGACUGACAUUGACCCACUUCCACAAGGUGUGACACCUCCGAUGAUGGCAGAGAAAUCCAAUACCAGGAUUAUCAAUUUGUAUGAUGAUGAAGAAGGUGAAGAUAAAGAAAAUUGUCCACCACCAGCUACAUCUGAUGAUCAGAAUCAAUACAGUGACCUUGAUCAUCACAAUAAGCAAGAAUUCGAUGAUUUUGAGAAAAUGAUGGUGAAAUCAUUCAGUCAUUCAUCUGAAAAGAAUAGCCCAUCAAAUAAUACAAACCAAACUGUUUGGAUGAAUAAUCUAUUCGGAGAUUCCACUCCUCGUGACCACAUUACCCCCAAAGAUGGCACUAGCAAUAACAGUGUUAACAAUCAAGAAAGUGCAGGCAACUUUAACACUUUUGUGGGCAUCUCAGAUAUGAAAGACGGAAGCAGCGAGGAAACUGAGAGUGAAGUUGAUUCCAUAGAAAAAUCUCCACCACACCCUAAUUUGCCACAGUUGAGAACUUUCACUACCGUGAAGUCUUCAUCCCCCUUAAUGCAACAAAGACUGCAAAUGACGGUAUCAAAUAUGCCUUCAUCUCCAAUGUUGACUCAUGCCAGUGAUGCAGUUGAGGAAGGCGAACUUCAAGAAAUCGAUGAUGAAGCUAUCGUGAACUCUUCAUCUCCAACGUCAAAGGCUACCAGAGUAAAUACAACUACUCUGGUAAUGUCUAAUUAUAACAGCAAGGGGGAAUUGGGAGAAUUAGAUGGCAAUCAAGUUGGAUCUACUCCACCAUCUGACUUCUUUUCGAAUGAAGAUGCAAAGGAAAGCACACACAUGAAUCAAUACAUGGCACAAAAGAAAAAUAUCCAUUAA